AUGGCGCUCAAAGUUUUCGUCGGACAAAAAAUUAUGAGCGAGGUCAUCAGGCAGAAGGACGCGAAAAAAACGUCUGACAAACUGGUGGAAUGGCGCGUUCUGAUCGUCGACAAGUUGGCCAUGAGAAUGAUAUCGUCUUGUUGCAAGAUGCACGAGUUGUCCGACGAACGGGUAACGCUUGUGGAAGAUUUGAACAAAAGUCGUGAGCCUUUACCAUCUAUGGAAGCUAUUUAUUUGAUUACUCCUUGUGUGGAUUCAGUAGGUGCUCUUAUUAAGGAUUUUUCAAGUCUAGGAAAACCUAUGUAUAAAGCUGCUCAUGUUUAUUUCACUGAAGUGUGUCAAGAAGAACUUUUCAAUGAAUUAUGCAAUUCUAUUGCUGCCAAAAAAAUUAAAACACUCAAAGAAAUUAAUAUUGCUUUUCUACCUUAUGAACGUCAGGUAUUUUCUCUAGACUCACGUGAGACAUUUCAAUGUUUAUAUAAUCCAUUACAAGUGGAUAAUCGCAUUUCUAAUAUGGAGCGCAUAGCAGAACAGAUAGCUACUGUGUGUGCUACUUUAGGAGAAUAUCCAUCAGUACGAUAUAGAAGUGAUUUUGAACAUAAUGUUGAGUUAGCUCAGAUUAUUCAACAAAAAUUGGAUGCAUACAAAGCUGAUGAACCAACAAUGGGAGAAGGUCCAGAAAAAGCACGAUCACAGUUGGUUAUAAUUGAUAGAGGCUUUGAUUGUAUCACUCCAAUUUUACAUGAGCUCACAUUUCAAGCUAUGUCUCAUGAUCUUUUGUCUAUAGAAAAUGAUGUUUAUAGAUAUGAGGCUACAGCAGGUGCUACACUAAAAGAAGUGUUAUUGGAUGAAAAUGAUGAACUCUGGGUAGAGCAUAGGCAUCUGCAUAUUGCUGUUGUGUCUAAAAAUGUUACUCAGAAAUUAAAGAAAUUCACAGACUCUAAACGUAUGUCCACUGUUGAUGGAAGUAAAUCUUCCAUUAGUGAUUUGUCAACUAUGAUCAAGAAAAUGCCUCAGUAUCAAAAAGAAUUGACUAAAUAUUCCACUCAUUUGCAUCUAGCUGAAGAAUGCAUGAAACGCUAUCAGGGUUUUGUUCACAAAUUGUGUAAAGUAGAACAAGAUCUAGCUAUGGGUACAGAUACAGAAGGGGAAAAGAUUAAAGAUCCCAUGAAGUGCAUUAUGCCAAUUUUGUUGGAUCAGAAUACAUCUCACUAUGACAAGAUGAGGAUUAUCUUACUGUACAUUAUGUCCAAGAAUGGAAUAUCAGCAGAUAUUCUUAACAAACUGCUUCAACAUGCUCAACUGUCACUAACUGAUAGAAAAGCUAUUAUCAAUUUAAAUUUGCUUGGCAUAAACUCAGUUGUUGAUAGUAUCAAAAAGAAACCGUAUCAAAUACCACGUAAAGAACGUUCAACUGAAGAAACAUAUCAAAUGUCUCGUUGGACACCUGUGAUCAAAGACUUAAUGGAAGACUGUAUUGAAGAAAAAUUGGAUAUUAAACAUUUUCCAUUUUUAGCCGGUAGAGCUGCUCCUUCAGGAUACCACGCUCCAACUAGUGCAAGAUAUGGACACUGGCAUAAAGAUAAAGGUAAAGGACAACAGCUUAUCAAAAAUGUGCCAAGAAUAAUUGUAUUUAUGAUUGGAGGAGUUACCUAUUCUGAGAUGAGAUGUGCUUAUGAAGUAACUAAUCAUUUCAAAAACUGGGAGGUUAUCAUAGGUUCAUCACACAUUCUUACGCCAGAAGAUUUUCUUCGCAACUUAUAUGCUUUGAACCAAUAAAUCAAAUUAUUCCAUACAUCACACGAAG